AUGGACAAUCGUCAAAUGAUAAUGGACAACCGUCGAAUUAAGGUUAGGGAGAUAGCAGAGGCUGUUGGCAUAUCAAAAGAACGUGUUUGUCAUAUAUUGACUGAAGAAUUAGGCAUGCAACAAUCAAAACAGUGGACUGUGAAGGGUGAACCUGCUCCGAAGAAAGCGAAGACGGUUUUAUCGACGGGAAAGGCGAUGGCGACUGUUUUUUGGGACAGUCAUGGAAUUGUGUUGAUCGACUAUCUUGAAAAAGGUAAAAUAACAGGGACGUACUACGCAUCAUUGCUUGACAAGCUGAAGGCAGAAAUUGAGAAAAAACGACCGCAUUUGAAAAAGAAGAAAGUGCUGUUCCAUCAAGAUAACGCACCGUCUCACAUUUCGGCGGUCGCUAUGGCAAAAAUUCACGAAUUGCGUAAUUAUAGGAAAUUAGAAUGGGAUAAUUAUGAAGCAACAUUGAUAAGAAGGAAAAUAAUCGAGGUCAGAGAAGUCGGCAACGAAUUUCGUGAAGUAUUAGAAAUCUCUGAUCGUGUUGUACAUCUCGAAUUUGGCUUCGAUCAUUUAGUCGUCAUCACACCUGCUCAAUGCCAUGUGUACGCUGUCACAAAUUGGAAUACACCAGCAAUAUUUAAUUUAAAGACAAGUACUAUCUCUGCUGUACUUCUUGCAGAAAAGCAUUUCUUAAUAGUGGAAUGGAAUACUGUAUCAUUGUACAGUUACCAAGGCCGUUUACUGGGUAGUCCAAGAUGGAAAGGUUUUUCUUCAGAACCACUUCAUCCUAUUUGCAUAUCAUUAUGUGCUGAUACUUUGGUUAUAAGGAAUCAAAACAAUGAAAAACUGCUCCAUAUUUUGGAAAUACCUCACAACAAGCCGAUAAUAGAAGGUCAAUCGCAUUUACAUCUGCACAAUGUGACACAAGUGGCCUUAAAUUAUUGUGGUGAUAUAAAAGAUCGACAAUUGGCAUUAAUAGAUGUCAAUAAAGAUUUAUUUUUAAUUGCAAUAAAAACUAUAGGCUUUGGAAGAAUUUGUAAAAUAGCUGGAAUGGCACAAAAUAUUGUAUGGGCAACUGAUGCAAAUAUAUUAGCUGCAAUGUUGGAUGCGAAUCUGUCAGUAUGGCUAUGUCCCAACUGUGUUCACUACAGUGAUCGCAAAGUAAUACGACGUACAAGAAUUGAUAAGGAAAGCAGCGAAUUCGGAAAACAGCCUAACAUCGUGAGUGUUCGUAAUGGUAUGGUUAUGGUGAGACGUGGAGACGGUGCUAUUGUAGCUUCAUCGUUUUACAAUCUCUUCACCAGUUUUCACGAACACAUAUCAAACAAUAAGUUGAAAGAAGCGCUUUCCCUCUGUCGUAUAGCUCAGAAUGAGAUAUUAUGGACUUGCAUGGCUGUUAUGACGACUGAUAACAGAGAAUUAUAUACUGCAGAAGAAGCUUAUGCUGCUAUUGGUAGAUUUGAUAAAGUAGAUUAUAUUAAAUACAUCAAGAAUUUACCCAUUGCUACAGAAAGACAUGCAGAAAUGACAUUACUGGCAGGAGAUCUAUCGAUGGCAGAAGGUAUACUGUUACAAAGCAGUCUGAUUAAAGAGGCUAUACAUAUCAAUAUUCAAAUUUAUAAUUGGAAUAGAGCCUUUGUAUUGACUUCGGAAGAAGGUUCGCCAUUAGACAUCGAGUGUUCGUGGUAA